CGAUUCUUUUACAUGUGGCUCAAGCAGCUCACGACUUCCGGUCUUAGACCAAGUAUCCUCUGGGUAGCCAACAGACAUCCGUUUGGAGGCGAGCUAAAGUGAGAAGGCGAAACCCGACUAUGCGGUUAUGCGUAGGGUUUGGGACCCACCACAUAAAAACACCCCCCAAUGAAAAAGAAAAAACAGCCUCGGAUGAGAGACCCCAAUUUUGAUGACGACCACUGCAAACGUUUAAAGGACUACGAAAUAAGGGCAUGCACCUGGAAUAUCCGGACCCUUAAUUGGGAAGGUGCCUCUGCCCAGCUGGUUGAUGUCCUCGUAAGAGUAAAGGCUGGUAAACGGUCUGAGGCUGAUCGACUUAGCCGGGGCCCGAAAUAUGGUCGUCUGUAGUACUAGAUUCCAGCAUAAGAAAAUCCAUCAAGCUACUUGGCUGUCCCCGGAUCGAAUCACUCGCAACCAGAUCGAUCAUGUUGUGAUAGAUGGACGACAUGUCUCCAGUGUUUCUGAUGUGCGUAUGCUUCGUGGUCCUAACAUCGACUCGGACCACUAUCUUGUAGCAGCUAAGAUACGCACCCGCCUCUGUGUAGAAAAGCGCACACGUCAACAAACACAAGGAAGGUUCGACAUUGCGAAGCUGCAAUCACAACCGACAGCCGAACGAUUUUCUACUCGACUUGCACUCCUGCUCUCUGAGAGCACUCAUCAGCAUCUCGGUGUAAGGGAGCUGUGGGACGGCAUAUCAAACUCCUUACGUACAGCUGCAACCGAAACCGUUGGUUUUCGGAAAAGUUAAAAAAACAGCUGGUAUGAUGAGGAUUGUCGUCUCGCAGUGGAGAGAAAACAGACUGCCUACCUUGCAAUGUUGCGAUCGACCGCAACACGAGCGGGAUGGGAAAGAUACCGAGAGCUGAAGAGGGAAGCGAGACGCAUUUGCAGACAAAAAAAGAAAGAGGCCGAAAUGCGUGAGUAUGAAGAGCUUGACAAGCUGGCCGACAGGGGUAAUGCUCGAAAAUUUUACGAAAAGAUCCGGCGACUAACUGAAGGUUUCAAGACCGGAGCACACUCCUGUAGGACCCCCAGAGGUGAUCUAGUUAUUGAUGACCAGAGUAUACUGAGUUUGUGGAGGGAACACUUCUCCAGCCUGCUGAAUGGCAGUGAAAGUACAACACCAGGAGAUGGCGAACCCGAUUCCCCAAUCGACGACGAUGGAGCAGAUGUUCCAUUGCCCGACCGUGAAGAAAUUCUAAUAGUAAUUACCCGCUUGAAGAACAAUAAGGCGGCGGGUGCCGAUGGAUUACCGGCCGAGCUAUUCAAAUACGGCGGCGAAGAACUGAUAAGGUGCAUGCAUCAGCUUCUUUGCAGAAUAUGGUCGGGAGAAAGCAUGCCUGACGAUUGGAAUCUCAGUGUAGGGAGACCCCACAAUUUGCGCCAAUUACCGUGGGAUAAGCCUCCUCAACAUUGCGUAUAAGGUUCUGUCGAGCGUAUUGUGUGAAAGACUAAAGCCCACCGUCAACAAACUGAUUGGACCUUAUCAGUGUGGCUUUAGACCUGGAAAAUCAACAACAGAGCAGAUAUUCACCAUGCGCCAAAUUUUGGAGAAGACCAGUGAAAAUAGGAUCGACACACACCAUAUCUUUAUCGACUUUAAAGCUGCUUUCGACAGCACGAAAAGGAUGCCGCGAUGUCUCAAUUUGGUAUCCCCGCAAAACUAAUACGGCUGUGUAAGCUGACGUUGAGCAACACCAAAAACUCUGUCAGGAUCGGGAAGGACCUCUCCGAGCCGUUCGAUACCAGACGAGGUUUCAGACAAGGUGACUCACUCUCGUGUGAUUUCUUUAACCUGAUGCUGGAGAAAAUAAUACGAGCUGCAGAGCUAAACAGAGAAGGUACAAUCUUCUAUAAGAGUGUACAGCUACUGGCGUACGCCGGUAGUGGCCUGUAACAUAUUAAAUACAAUGUUGAGCAUAAAUGGACCAAAUAGAGUGUACUAAUGUUUUUUCUUGGGCAUAAACGUGACCCAUUUUGAAUUGUGUCGUUAUUUGUGAAAUAAAUAAUUCAAUUUCGCCGUCAUAAGUCAAAUCCGUCGUUUUUGUUGAAAAAAAUCAAUACGAAAAAUUUAAUUACUUUUCACCAAUAUCGUUGUAACACAAAAUAUGUCUCUUUCAGAAAAAAAUCCAGGCCUAAUUCUGGCACAACUGAGAAGUGUCGUUAUUGUGGUUAAAAACUAAUGCAACAUAACAAGUUUAAUAACGGCACAUUCUUAUUUCACGGUUUAUUUUUCUACGCAUCGGAAUGAAAUUUUUAUACAAUAUGGACGCUGCAAUUGGCCACAUUUCUGCAUAUUCAACUCAAAAAUCGUGCUUUUUGAGUUGUGACACUAUUCAAGUAAAUGAGCGAUAUGUACAUAUAUAAUAUUAUUAUCCAAUACACAUACAAACACUUUACAAACUUUUCAUUAUAUGCUUUCAGCGGAUUUCAAUGGAAAACUUCAACAUCAAGAAGCGACCAAAGAGCACUAAAAAUUUACAUAAUUCCGUAAGCCGCUUACAAUUUUUGGCUUUGUGAGUACGAGUGUAUUUCAUGAAAAAGUUGAAGCUGGCAAAAAUAACCAAUGACAAGGUAUAAAUUCACCAGAAAGGUGCAAAGAAAACAGCAACAGCGUUUGUAAAUAAAAGCAAAGUGUGUUUACGUUAAUAAUGUCCAAAAUAGAGGCGACAAAGCAAAACCAAGAAGCCAAAUUCUUCAAAAGACACUCACCCACAUAAUAGGCAAAAGGCCAAAUUUUAAGCAAAUAAAUAGAGAUUCACAUACAUACAGAAAUAUCUAUGUCACUAAAAUGCUCGACUCACACAUACCAAUGACGGAAGGGAGUGACGUUGGGAGCAAACAGUCCUACAAUGGCGACGCUUUUGCUGAGUUCGAGAGUAGUGGAGUCGGGUCGGGCAUCGUCAUUGUCAGCGAAAAUACUCGUGUUGAUUUCGGCGGUUUAGAGGAGGGCCUACAAGAUAAUUAUUCCCAACUUAUCGGCACCGUAUUGCCCAUUGAUUGGUGCAAUCAAUCACUGUUAUUCUAUGGCCUAAAUAACUGCAGUGAAAAUAAGGAUGCUAUGACGGACGAUGAUAUAUCAUUCAUAUUGCCAUGGUCGCGUCAGGUCCUGUGAUCUAUAAUAUUCGGUGGCAUGGUUUUAGUGGCGACGGGCGGUAAUUUCAUUGUUGUUUGAAUUGUUAUGACGACGAAACGAAUGCGAACCGUUACCAAUUAUGUCAUAGUGAAUCUUUUCAUAGCGGAUGCCAUGGUAUCCAGUCUCAACGUGACCUUCAAUUAUAUUUACAUGCUGGACAACGAUUGGACUUUCGGUGAACUCUAUUGCAAAAUAUCGCAAUUUAUAGCAACAUUGAGCAUAAGUGCUUCGGUGUUUACACUAAUGGCGAUACCCAUCGACAGUUAUAAUAUCGUUUUUAUGAUACUAGACGACACUUACGUAUGCACGAGUCGGCAUUGAACUUCGGGACUCGAUGGCAAUCGGAGAGUGCACGCCACGUGAAGAAUGUUCGCAGUAAGCGUAGGGUAAGAAUGAAUGACUGGGUAUCAUAAAUAUUACUGCAACAGGCCGGCUGAAGAGUUCUUCUUCUAUCUAGAGAUGUGGGACGGGUGUAAAAGGAAUUACUAAAGUUAAGUAUUAGAUCCCUUGUAUGAAAAAUACUCCGCGAAAAUUAAAAGUCUGAACCCUCAGAGAGUACAUCGACGCAUCGACAGAGAUAGACUAAGCUCGGUCGAACUACUUUCAAUUAACAUUAUUCCAUCGAGAAAUUCAAAAUUAUUAUCUUAGAAAGUCGAACCUAUAGAUCCAUGAUACGGCAAAAGCCGUAUACAAAUUCCUAUUCAGUCCCUGAGACGAGGGGCAUUUGGGUUAUAAACCGAUUUGGGUAGUAUUGAAAGUAUAUUACUGUGUUUUUUUGGAAUCCUUUCCAUUGGUUUGCUAAAAUUUUUCGGUGAUUGGACAGACAGACAUAUUGCAUUUUGAUAGAAUGUAACCAAAUAUGUUGAGACUGCCCAAUGCACUUCCACCUACGCAAAAAAAAAAAAUUCGCAGACGCAAAGAACGCAAUGAGAAAUUGGACGCAAAAUUAUGCUUCAAUCCAUCAUCACAUCACAUCUAUGCAAUGCCACAAAUUAGCACAAUUUAUUUGAGCGCUUUACGCAGCGCUGCUGAUGGAGUGCAUUGAAUAAUUAAUAGAGAAUGUCUGCUUUCACACUGCCGCUUUGGCAUGUCAGCCUGACGAGUAAAGGCACUCAAAAGCACCUACUCUCUUUUGACUUACUCAUUGCCAUUAGGCGGAAACUGAGUUUCCUCAAUUUUGCACACAGCAGCGGUAAAGCAGCAACUUGAAUUAAUUGCGGAUCUCUCACCUGCAGUGGCAAGCUGUUGGAACCAGUGCUGAUACACCGUCAUACAUGAGGGCAUAGUUAGAAAUUUGUACACUAUACGUACCACUUGACACACUAUGGGAUGCAUGUACACAA